AUGGUCCAACUCAGCAUGCGCCUCGGCGCUGCGGCGACACUACUAUUCGCCACUAGCAAUGCCGCAGUUUACAAAAUAGACACUACAGAAAAUAUUAAAAACUCGGCGCGAACCCUUGCCUACGACCUUAUGCUCUACUACAAAGGAAACCAAACGGGCGAGAUCCCUGGUAUUCUACCAGGACCACCUUCAGAAAAUAAAGGCGAUUAUUACUGGUGGGAAGGCGGCGCCAUGAUGGGUACUUAUAUCGAUUAUUGGCACCUUACUGGAGAUACUAGCUACAACCAAGUUGUCAUGCAAGGCAUGCUUCACCAAGUCGGCGAGCACAACAAUUACAUGCCGGAAAACCACACUCGUUCAUUAGGAAAUGACGAUCAAGCGUUCUGGGGUAUGUCUGCCAUGCUGGCAGCAGAAUACAAGUUUCCCAACCCGCCAAAAGACAAGCCCCAGUGGCUCGCGUUGGCACAAGCAGUCUGGAAUACGCAAGCGGAUCCCUCCAGACAUGACGCAGAAUGCGGUGGUGGACUGAGAUGGCAAAUUCCCCCAUUCAAUGCCGGGUACGAUUACAAGAACACUGUGGCCAAUGGCUGUUUCUUCAAUAUGGGCGCCCGACUCGCACGAUACACAGGCAAUGCCACAUAUGCCAAACAUGCGGCCGAAACAUGGGAUUGGCUCUGGGAUAAGCAAUACAUUGAUCACAAGUCUUGGUUGGUGUAUGAUGGAGCUACUGUGCAAACAAAAUGCAAGGAAAUCAACAAGGCGACGUACUCAUACAAUGCCGGUCUUCUCUUACAAGGCCUCGCAUUCAUGUACGAUUUUACCAAGGAGGAGAAGUGGAAGACACGCUUGAACACACUUUUGGAUGCAACAAUGAAGAACUUCUUCCCCGACGGUGUUGCCUACGAAGUUCCCUGCGAGUACACGACUGGUGCGUGUACAGCAGACAUGUUGACUUUCAAGGGCUAUAUGCAUCGCUGGCUAGCCCAGGUAACGCAGCUAGUACCAGAGACCAAAGCCAAGAUUCUUCCGACACUACGCAAGUCAACAGAAGCUGCAGUCAAACAGUGCACUGGGGGUGGAUCCAAACGUCAGUGCGGAUUCUACUGGACUAGCGGCCAGUUCAAAGAUCCAGCGGUAGACAAGACCAGUGGAGCGGGUGAAGUCAUGAAUGUUCUAUCCGCUGUUUCAACUCUCUUGACAGAGCAGGUCUCUGGUCCAGUAACGAAAGAGGACGGAGGAAUCUCCGAAGGCGAUGUGAACGCAGGAUAUGCUGGCCACGACAACGAGUAUCGCAACAAGAGGGCCAUUACAACAGCGGAUCGCGCGGGAGCUGGAAUCAUUACGGGUAUUCUUAUUCUCAUGUGCACCGCAACGUUUGUCUGGAUGAGCUUCUUCGACUAGUGGUUCGACUACAGCGACGAUGACGACGUGCCUUAGUAUGGAUACAUACCCCUGUACAAAUACAGACAUUAUUUCAGAAAAUAAAACUAACCUGGAGUAACAAAGGCGCUUACUGCGUUGUCAGCCUCGGCGAACGCUCUCUAACUAUGUCUCGUGAGCGCCACCGUGGGUCCAUAACACGAUAUUGAUG